CAGCUAUUGUAAAGGAUAAUAUUUGGGGAGAAUCUCAUUCGCAACAGCUCAAGCUCUGGUGAAAAGAGAGAGAUGAUCUCACAAUAUAGAAGCCAGUUGAAUAGGGGACAUUGGAUGUGGAGUGAGGUAUUUGCAGGCACCACAAUAGAGUCUACAGCUAUCACAGCAAAGUUGGAGAUUCGGGUUAGCUCUUUGCCUCUAUUCUUCUCCCUUAAGUCGAGAAACCUUGGCCUACACUUCUCUUCUUCUAGGCCUCGGCCAGAUUUCUUCUACCGCUGCUUUCCUGAUGGACAGGCAACUCAUCAGUUCUUGUGCACAGGAGAUGCACAAGUAGUGAUUGAAGGACGCAAAAGCUUCCCCAGUGGACAUUCCUCCUUUGCCUUUGCCGGGCUGGCUUUUGGCUCCUUCUACAUUGCAGGGAAGCUGCAUUGCUUUGCACCUGGUGGUCGAGGCCAAUCCUGGCGUCUCUGCGCCUUCUUGGGACCCCUCUUCAUUGCCACGCUCAUUGCCUUGUCCCGUACAUGUGAUUACAAACAUCACUGGCAAGAUGUGCUGGUUGGCUCUGGAAUGGGUUUCACCUUUGCGUAUCUCUGCUACAGACAGCAUUACCCUUCACUGACGGACCCCAGAUGCCACCAGCCGCUGCAAUAUGUAUCCAGGCUAUCUUCUCCAGAGAGGCAAAAGCUGACAAUUUCUGGUUUCAACCUAGAUGUAUGAAGAAGGACUCAGGGUUUUCCUUUCUGUGUAUUUGCAGACUCGGGGGGUGGGGUGGGGGGAGAGCUUCAUCAUCCAUAUUCUGCUUUGCUCAAAGGCCAGGAGGUGGUAGGGGGAGAAGCAUCAUUGUUCAAAGUAUACCAGCCUGAUUGAAACUCAGGGCCUCUACCUCUUCCCCUUCAUCACACGUAUGUGGCCAAGAAAGGGAGUGUUUUUCAGGACAGCAUAAUUGCACAGUUUGGGACGAUUUAUUUUUUUGUGGUCAACUCAUUCCUGGCAAUAUUGAACCAUUCCUCAUCCGAUCACAAUGGAGCAACAAUAGGAGUCUCUGGUCCAUUCCCUCAUUGUAAUGCCAAGCAUUGCUCUUGAGUUUAAAUGCCUAUAAAUUGAUGUCACAUGAUCUCA